CGCCGGGCAGCAUGGAGAAGCCCGACGAGAGCCGGAACGGCUACCUGGAGGCGACGGUGGUGUCGGGCUUGGAGGCCGGGGAGGAGGCGGCGCGUCGGCCCCGCCUGAAGCUCUUCCAGCUGCGCGGCUUGGGGGGCUUCCUGCGGAGGAACUGCAUGGUGAUCCUGACGGUGUCCGGGGUGCUCCUCGGCGUGGCCAUGGGCACCCUGGUGCGGCGCCUGCACCUCGGCCCGGCGCACGUCGCCUACCUGGCCUUCCCGGGGGAGAUGCUGCUCCGCAUGCUCAAGAUGAUCAUCCUGCCGCUGGUGGUGUGCAGCCUGGUCUCGGGCGCCGCCAGCCUCGACACCCGCUCGCUGGGCAAGCUGGGCGGCAUCGCCGUCGCCUACUUCUUGGUCACCACCCUGCUGGCCGCAGCCCUCGCCGUCGCCCUGGCCUUCAUCGUCAAACCCGGCGUGGGCGCCGGCAACCUCAACAAGAACUCGCUGGGCUUGGAUGACACCGCGCCCAGCGGCAAGGACACGGUGGACUCUUUCCUGGACCUGGCGAGGUAAGGAGCAAACUCAGGAAUGCCACGUGUGUUGUCUUCCUGGCUCAUAGUCUCCCGUUUUGGGAGCGUAGCAUCUAUGCGGGGUUUCUUCAAAAAAAAGCCCUUUGCUAACCUAGUGCGCUUUCUGCCAGACUCCGUGGAACUCCAGACGUGACUGACAUUUCGAGAUUAGAACCCUGGACAUUCCUGCUGGUUAAAAAAAUGAAGUGACACCCGCACCCUAGGCUUCUGUCAUCAAGCCUUCCUCUCUGGGCAGUUUGUUAAUAGUUAGAAACCUUGGUCUUCGUAAAAGGUACUUGGAGCUAGGGAACUCGUGUGUUGCUAUGAGUGGCAGUUAUUCAGAUUAAGAGAAUUAAAUAAGGAUUUGAGAGCUUGGUUCUAGAAAGGUGGCCAGUGCAUAGGUGCUUGUACUUCAGCUUUUUAUUGCACACGGGUGCAUGGUCAGCGCAAUCUAAAGGCCAAAAUGGGCAGGACUGAGCAGGAUUAAGCCAGGCACCCCCAAACUCCAGCUGUUUUGGGACUGCAACUUACAUCAUCCCUAGCUGACAGGACCAGUGGUCAGGGAUGGUGGGAGUUGUAGUCCCAAAACAGCUGGAGGGCCGAGUUUGGGGAUGCCUGAUUAAGCUCUUUGUGCUUUCAAGCGUUUCAUGGUCCAAUAAACUUUGGCAAAAAUUCAUGUUGGUUUACAGAAGAGUAUUGCUAAAGAAGCAUUCAUUUUAAUGCUAACUCGGAGCGGAGGCAGCAUUUCUCUGUUGAAGCAAAAAUAACAAUGUCUUGUGACACAUUAAAGUUUAAGUUGAACACUAACAGAUUUUUUUGUGGCAUGAACUGUUAAUGGAUCAGAGUCUGCUUCCACUCAUGAACCAUAUCCUGGGUUGGAAGAGAGAGAGAGAGAGAGCUAUAAUAACCAGGGGAUAGGAUAGGGCUUGGUCAAGUUAUUGUUUAUAUCUGAAUGGCCAACAUCUGGUUUUGGAAACAUCGUGUGCUUUUUUAUCUGUAUUAUUAUCUGUAUUGUUUUAAUGCUUCUGACUUGUGAUUCUCAUUAUGUGUCUCAUAGUUUAUCUCCUUUGUUGUGGUUGGAUUGUAUCUUGUGGAGGUUUAAGCUUUUGGCACCUGUUCCCUCUGGAAGAGUGGAAGAUCUAUUAACAUGGUCCACUGAAGUCUUUGGAGAGUUUUUCCAGAUAGAGUGGCAGAUGCUGCUUUGAAGCCCUAGUUCUUCUCUGGAUCGGAGAGACCCGAUGCAUCCUCUUCCACUGAGCAGAUCCAAGGCUUGGUUUGUACCUGAGCUGAGGGCUAUGAUGCUAGUCAAAGAUGGCAGAAAAGCAAGUGGAGCAAAAUGCAUGAUGAAUUGGGUUGAACCCAAGUGACAGCCUAUUAUCAGGCCUACUCAUGGUAGUGACAGAAGCAAAUAAACUAUUAUCCGCCCCUAUAGUUUUCUCAGUGUCAUCAAAAUGAGCUUUCUCUGGUGUUGUGGGACCUUUUGCAAUCGGGGCAGGGUGGGGGAAUUUCAUAGAAGUCUGGGUAGCAAUGCAGUAAUGCAUUUGCAAGACACUGUGAAGGUCUUGCAUAUCUAUCAGGUAUCCUGUCAUUUAUUGUGAAAAAUUAUAUUUUGAUGCAUCCCUCCCCCCGAAACCAGCUUGAUGUGACCUGAGAAAUAGAAUGACAUAGCUGUGUUUUAAGCUGGUAAUGUGUACGCAGCCGUAGAUGAAACAGGUUGUGUGGUAAUGGAAUGAAUGAAGGUCUCACAGCACAAUCCUAAAAGCACGUCUACUCAGAAGUUUAUUCACCUUUCUCUAUUUUUCUCUAUUUCUCUCUCCCCUCCCCUUCUUUUUUCUUUCUUUUCCUCUGGAUCUAUAUUUUUAUUUUAUCUAGAUUAAUGUUUUAGUCUGGACAAACAAAAAUGUUAAUAACUUUUGUAUCUCUUUUUAUGAAAUCUAAUAAAAUGUAUUCAGGCAAAAGAGAAGUUUAUUCAUCUCCAUUCAAUGCAUUACCAUAUCCAAGCCCUGAUUCUGACCAUUCACAGACUUGCUUGCAUCUGAUAGAAAAGAGACACAGCUGGGGUUUGUUCAUGUAUUGGUGACACCUUGACUCAAAUCUCUGGAUGACUUCUCUCAGAUAUUAAACAACAUAAGGCAGGUGCGCCAAGUUGCCCUCAACAUGGGGGGGGCAUUGUAUGCUCAUGACGUCACACAUGUGCUGCCCCCCAACCUGGCCUGGCCAAUACGGCCCCCGUCAGCUGUCUCGCCUUUUGUUUGCCACCGCAGGGCUGAGGCCACCUCCGCAGGUUACCUUUUGUGAAAGGGACCUUUUGAGGAUCGCCACAGAAUUUGGGGUGGGACCAGUCUUGAAAAUAUGGGGGGAUGACACCCUUGCCCCCAGGUGGCACUCCUGGAAAUAAUUCAUCUGUGUAGGAUCCAAGGGGAUGAGCAACAGUGCAUCUUCCUUGUCCCAGGUAACAGGUUAGGAUUUCAGUCUCAGUCCUGACAAGACAGAUCUACUAUUGGUGGGUGGUUGGCCUUCUGGGUGAGUGAUACUCAUACUGUUCUGGAAGUGGUGGUACUCUCCCCCUAAAAGAUCAGGUCUGCAGUUUGGGAAUCCUGCAUUGUCCUUAAGCACUCAAAGCAUAUUUUAUCAGCUUCAGUUGGGCGCCAGCUGCGACCAUAUCUGGCUUAAGAUAGUGUAGUCACAGUUAACCUAACCUAACCUUCCACUUAGGUUGCUAACAGACUAUUGCUAUUUUAUUUGGGACAGUGCUGGAUUAAACCCUCUGGAGGUCCCUAGGCAGUUGAAAUCUCAGGGCCCCCUUCAUGUGCACUCUCUAGUGGGAUAACAUUGAACUAAGAAAGCUUGAUUGUAAUUUUCUUUCACAAUAAAAUUAAUAUUGUUGUGAUCUGCUGUCACAGGGGUACUAAACAGUGUGGGGCCCACAGGCCAGUGCCUACUUUGCUUAUUUGGUAAUCCAGCACCGAUUUGGGGAUCCAGUUAUAUACCAGCAAAUUCAGGUUGCACAAUUAGAGUUGGUUGGGAGGUCUUAUGCAACAAACCCGCUUCCUCAAAAUAUCAGACUUUUUGAGAUAAGGAAAACUGGGGAAAGUGGGAGAUAACACUUCCAUUUAUUUAUCAUCAUCUAACUCUCCCCUCCAAUAAAUCAGAACAAAUGUCUAUUAAAUAGCCAAUGUUUUCUUAUGUCCCUGCAAAUAAAUUUGGAUGAAAAUGAACAGGUCAGGUGAAAGUGUGCUUAGACUUUUGUAAUGUGUUGCACUUGGGGCUGCCUUUGAAAAUGGAUCAGAAGCAGAGGUUGGCUCAACCUAGAGCAGCAAGAUUACUGACUGGGUGGUUUGACCAUGCUAAGCCUGAACUUUAACAGCUGCACUGGCUACCAGUCAGUUUCUGGGCCUGAUUUUAACUGCCAGAUUUAACCUAUAAAGCCCUAGAGUGUUUAGGACCAGGUUGCCUGAAAGGCUACCUCUUGCUUCAUAUUUCUUAAUUUAACAUUCCCUAUGCUUGAUAGCCUGCCUAAACAACCCAUUUCUCGCUGUCUCUUUGAAGUGUCAGGGUAUAUUAGCCACAUAUCACACUUGAGAACAGCAUUUUGUAUGUGUAAAAUUCUGAACUCUACCCAUUUUUCCAAAUAACAUGUGGUUUACUUGUGUUCGCAAUUUGUUCUGUGAUAAACUUGAGGCAUUAGUUGAAUGCUUUGGGGGCUAUUUUCCUUUUCGUUUGUUUGCUUAGCCUCAGAUUAACUGUUUUUGUGAAAACUUGUUUCAGAAUGUGUUGUCAUCGCACUCAGAAUCUACCUGCUCUGCUUCAUUGGCUGCUGCCUUUGGGGGCAGGAAAACUGCCAUUUCUUCACACAUUUUUGUUUAUUAUAUGCUAUUGUGAGAGAGAAGAGUUGGUGACGGGCCAUUGUUUUCAGUAGCACUCAUGCAUCUCCUGUGUUACCUAGUUCCUGCCCGACAGCUUUUGAUGCUUAAUUGUUAACUGGGGCACAUUGAUUUAUAGUGAGAUAACCAUAUCAGAUAUUGAUUUUGUACUUGCUAGGGAAUAAAAACCCUGCUGAAUGCAGUAGUGCCUAUGUCUGAAUAAACAUGUGGAGCAGAGCUUUUCAAACUGUGUGUUGUGACCUGUUAGUGUGUCGGCUGCAGUGUGCAGACAUGUCGCACGAAUGCUCCCCGUGAUCCUCCUGGGGCUGGAAAGGGGUUAGCUUAACCUCCGGUUUGCUGGUAAAACUGAAUUACUGUGUUGCUAAAUGACACAUGCCUAAAAAGUGUGUCACCAACACGGAAAGGUUGGAAAACUCUGAUGUAGAAGGUUGCAUUUCUGCCUGUGCAGUCAGGUAAAAUCAGCUCAAAUGGACUUUUAGAAGUGUCUCCAAUUUGUCAUUUAGCACCCUAUACCGCAGCCAAUGUUGUCCACUCAAAGUAGAAGGUGUUUCCUUUUUUUUUUUUAACUUAACAUUCCCGGACCAUCCUGAGGCCAGAUUUAGAAGGCAAUUGGGCCAGAUCUGGCCCCCAGACCUUAGUUUGCCUACCCAUGAUUUAUACCCUGCCUUUCCCCCGAUAGGGCUCAAGGCAGCUUAAAGAUAAAAAUAAGAACUGUUAAAAACAUACAAAAAGAAAUCAUUGAAAAAGGAUUAAACAUUGAUAGAAUUUAAAACAUAUAUAAAAUCUAGUAAAACCAUACCAAUAGUUACAAUAAAAACAGCACAGCGCCAUUUCAUUAAAAGCAGCCAGUCCCGAAAAGCAGUCUUCACCUGCUGGCAGAAAGACAACAGGAAGGGAGUCAGCCUGGCUUUUUCAGGGAUGGAGUUCCAAAGUCUGGGAGCAGCCGGCCCUCUCGUUUUCCCCACCAAGCAUGCCGGGGAGGUGAUGGGAGCAUGAGAGGAGGCCUCCCGCAAAGAAAACCCAGGCGAGUUCAUAUGAAAGUAUGUUGCUUUGAGCAUAGAAAAGUAACUGAUACAUUUCUUUUCUUUUCUUUUAAAUCAACUAUGAACAGCACAAAUUAGCUCCCUGUGUGUGUCUAGUUAGGCUGCAAAAAUGGGUGGCAGCAGUGAAUGUACGCAAAGCUCCAACGUUUUAUGCAGCCAAAGAAGUUUGGGAUUAGUUUAAAGAAACUUGUUUGGAAUACAUCUGAAAAAUACAGUCUGAUACAUUUUGUAAAGUUUGAAAUAGAACAAUACUUCAAAACCCCUUCGUUUCUAGUGGAGUAGGGAAGAAAAGCAACAACAGGAAUACUCAGACGCUGGCAGAAGCAGUUUUCUGGGUGGUUGUGUGCAUGGCUGCUCAUGGCUGUGGGAAAGCUCACUCAGUGUGAGUUGAGUAAAGAACGUGAGACCAGGCAGCUUAUCUGUGGUUUAGAUAAUGGCUCUUCCCUUUGUCAUACCAAUCUCACUGGUUCACUUUAUCUUUAUACAAUAGGUCCUGCAAGCUUAUUGUUUUUCUUUCCACCGCUGUACAGUAUAUAGACUCCAGUCUCAGAUUAUGUUGUUGUUGUUGUUGUCAACUGAAGUUGUUUGCUCUGUGUGUGCCUCUUCUGGGAUAUACCUGCUCUCCCUGGUGAAGUGCGACCUGAGUUGUAUGGGCUGUUGUGGAAGACGUGUGUACAUCUGUACAUGCAGAAUUGGGCUGGUGGGUUCUAGAUUACCAGAUCUCAUCUCACAUGCUAUCUUUGAAUUACACAGCAAAGUUAAAUGUAGCAGUAGUUGUAGUAAUUAUAAUAACACAAAACGCCUAACCUUUUCUAAGACAGGCUGACCAUCUAAUACAGGCUUUCUCAACUUCGGCCCUCCAGAUGUUUUUGGCCUACAACUCCCAUGAUCCCUAGCUAGCAGGACCAGUGGUCAGGGAUGAUGGGAAUUGUAGUCUUUAGACAUCUGGAGGGCCGAGGUUGAGGAAGCCUGAUCUAAUAGAUAAGAUACAGAAGGGGGAAGGAAGAGGGAAGGAAGUGGAAACCUGCGUUGAUGUGGCUGCUUCUUUGCUGGCCAACAGAUAGAGUCUUGUUGCCAUGCUGAGUUGGAGCAGAGUGGCCUUCCUUGCAGAUUGAGGCAGGACAUUAUUUGGAGAAGCAUUAAGAAAAGUCUGGACUCGGUAGAUCGGCCAAGGGACUAACCUAAUGACAUCUGUGGGAUCUCAGGAUGCCAGUUUGAUGAUGGCUCUUUUAAAAAAGUUGGAUGUUCCAUAUGGUGGGGAGAUGUCACGUGACAGUUUUGAGAAAAUAGUUAUUGAUUCAGUUAGUUCAUUCCUAUAUUCUGCAACGGCAAGUGUGUCUGCUGAGGCCUAAUAAGAUUGAGACAAGAAGUGAUUAUAUGGCAUUGUGCAACAUUGUUAAUGCUGAAUUAAUACUCUAAUCCUACUAUAUAGGCAUAAUGUUGUACUAAUGUGAAAAGAAAUAAUUAAGUUGAUAAGCUGUCAUUAAAUUCUAAUCUUUCUCUUUCUUCUCUUUUUCCUUUUUUUUGGUUCCUGCCCACCCAGAAACUUGUUCCCAGCAAAUCUUGUUGCUGCAGCCUUUCGAUCGGUAAGUUUCAUAUGCCUUUUCCUUUCUUUCUUUGGAUUGAGAUUUCUGAAGCAUGUGACCAAGAAACGGAAAACAGAAACCCAACUCAGUUCCUAAGGGGAUCAUGUCUUUGAUAUGCUUUCACUGAGACAUAAUAGUACCUACAAUUCUUUACCCUGGAUGAUUAAGAAAACAAAUUAUUAUUAUUAUUAUUAUUAUUAUUAAAAUCAAGGCAACUGAUCAUUUACUUGUUACUGUUUAUAUACCAGUUUAAGCAGUCACUGAAUUUAACCCUUAGUGUGGUUCAACUAAGUAUAGUAGUUCACUUAUCAAGAUGAAUGAGGGGUUGCAGAAAUAUGUAGACUCAGAUUUAAAAGAGGACUGUUUGCACAGAUGUUGUGGAGGGCACAAUGAAUUUGGAUAUCUAGCAAUUUCAACAUGCUGAAGACAGACUAAUGGAAGAAUUUCAGCACGGAAUUCUUUCUUUUUAUCUAGUGCAUAACCUCUUGAUGAGAAGCUACCCACUAGCAAUGCUACAAUGGACAUUCUGACAUUACCAUGAUGUAUUUCUGUGGCGCUGGCUAUUUCAGAAUUAUUUUUCUCCCUUUCCUUGAACUGGAAUAUUAUCUCACAUAUACAUGACAGAUCUCCCUCAUGCAGCAGCUGCUGUCUGAGAACAUUACCUCUGAUUCCACAAAUAAUUCAAUUUCCACCACUUAUCAGAGGGUUGUUCAAGUCACCAAAACUACAGUUCUUACACAGCCUCCUUAAUUCUGUAACAUACUGAUCAAUAGUUUGCUUUUUGAAUGCAUAUUUCUUUGCAUCAUUCUUUUUAGACAUACUGUAUUCUUCAAAUUUAUCAGUUAUUUCUUUUAGUUUCAUAUUCUCACCCUUAGCAAACACAAAGUUAGCAUAUAUGUUCAGUGUUCGCUCUUCCACUAGGGUUGCCAUAUUUUGAAGAGCAAAAAAGAGGACACAUUCUCCGACUUCUACUUUUAACUACAGUGGUACCUUGGGUUAAGUACUUAAUUCGUUCCGGAAGUCCGUUCUUAACCUGAAACUGUUCUUAACCUGAAGCACCACUUUAGCUAAUGGGGCCUCCUGCUGCCGCCGCGCCGCCACUGCACGAUUUGUGUUCUCAUCCUGAAGCAAAGUUCUUAACCCGAGGUACUAUUUCUGGGUUAGCGGAGUCUGUAACCUGAAGUGUCUGUAACCUGAAGCGUCUGUAACCCAAGGUACCACUGUACAGAUCACUUUGACAACUCUAAUUUUAAAUACUCCUACUAAAUGUAGGCUAUAGAAGCUAUGAUAUAUAUCGCUAGUAGCAAUGUUCUUAACUUUUCAACAACAAAAUAAUAAGAAUACAUACAGUCAUACCUCGAGUUGAAUGUGCUUCGGGUUGAGCGCGUUCGAGUUGCGCUCCGCGGCAACCUGGAAGUAACGGAGCGCAUUACUUCCGGGUUUCGCUGCUCGCGCAUGCGCAGACGCUCAAAAUGACGUCACGCGCGUGCGUGGAAGCGGUGAAACGUGACCCGCACAGGUGCAAACGCGCCAUUGCGUCUUACGUUCCGUUCGGGAUGCGAACGGGGCUCCAGAACGGAUCCCGUUCGUAUCCCGAGGUACCACUGUAUUGCUCGCUCACUUGCCACAUGAAAGUAUUUGGGCUCAUGUUCAUAUCUUUGUGAACAUACGUGUGCACAGAACAAUUUAGUAAACUGUUUAACAUGUACAGAUGUGCUCUCCCUAAGGGCAGGAGGAGGUUAACUCUUGCCCUCCCAGACUCCUUCCCCAAGAUCUUGUAGCUGAGCCAAUAUCCUUUUAGCCACACGAGAAGGGAUUUAUACAGUACGUAGUUAGUUUAAGAUGUUGCUCUGUUGUGAUUCUCUGCUGCAGACUAGCUUAGCUGGGUGCCUUAGAUCUGAGUCUAAUGCACUAGAAUUUUUUUCUUGGGCUACUGUAAACAAAAAAACCUGGACAUUUUGCCAAAUUUUAAAAAUCUGCCCAGACAGAAAUUUUAAUCCUGGAAAAGAUCACGUGACCUGGAAAAAGAGGACACAUGGCAACCUUACACAACAUGUAGAAAAGUUAUUUGAUGUUAUCAGUUUUCUCUUCUUCUCCCAUUGCUGCCAGGUAGAAUUCAAACCUUUGUCUAAACCUUUUCCAAUUUUCUGAAAUAUCCCCUCACGACUGCAGGCUUGGUGAUAGUUGAAACAUAUUCAUUCCUGUUUAUAAGAAUUCCUCCAAUUUAGCAGCACUUACAGAUAUUGUUGCUUUCACUGGGUGUGGCUCCCAAAAUUUCUUAUCAUUUGUUUCUAGCUGUACAUCCAGAAAACUGCUUUCAGUUGAUUUAGUUUGCUCCUCAUUCUGCAUUUCAGAUGUCAUGUAAUUAUUCUGGAUCAACAGACAAACUAGAGGAAUGAGUAACGGCUUGAAACAACUUUAUUAUUCAGAGACUCUAAAACAAACUUGUGCAGCAACUUCUAUGCUUUGGAACUGUCUGAAUCAUGUGACCUUAGGGCAAAUCUUCACAUUACCAGCUUCUUAAUACUGAACACUAAUCUCUGAAUUAUAAACACUGUCAUGACAGGUAUAGCAAAAGAAGGUUCUUUUCAAAACUGCCCAUCUGUGUAGAUUCCAGAGUGAUAUUCAGUAAGGUACCCCUGCCCGUACGGGCCAGUUGUGUCCGACUCUAGGGUUGUGCGCCCAUCUCACUUAAGAGGCCGGGGGCCAGCGCUGUCCGGAGACACUUCCGGGUCUCGUGGCCAGCGUGAUGAAGCUGCUCUGGCGAGCCAGCACCAGCGCAGCACACGGAAACGCCGUUUACCUUCCCGCUAUAAAGCAGUACCUAUUUAUCUACUUGCACUUAGGGGUGCUUUCGAACUGCUAGGUGGGCAGGAGCUGGGACCGAAAGACAGGAGCUCACCCCGCCGCGGGGAUUUGAACCGCCGACCAUGCGAUCGGCAAGUCCUAGGCGCUGAGGUUUUACCCACAGCGCCACCCGCGUUCCUAAUAUUCAGUAAAGAACAUACCAAAAAUACAAUACCCAAAAAGCAAUAAAACAGCACCACUCAUAACAUGGAAGUUGCAUUUUAAAAAGCCAGUUCAUAACUUUAAAAUGCCUAGACUAGAAUUGUAAAGUGCAAGUAAGUUCUCAUUGCCUUGAAGCUAUGGUUGAAAAAACCACCCCUAUUGUUGUCAGUUCAUAUACCAAAAUAUUGGGUUGACAAUCUGAUUGAUUAGUUCAUAAUUCUAGUGAUGCAGAUGCCAGUUAUUUUCCUUGUGGUCCCACUGCUUCAACAGUUCAAUUUCCUGGUCUCCAAUUUCUACAGUACUACUCCAGCUUUAAUUAUGUUCUAUGCAUAGCCUUGUCAUUCCUCGUCCUAAACUCCCAAUCAAUAGCUUAUAUUUUUAUAGCUCUCCCACAUUCCUUAGACAUGCAAAAGGGGUUACUUGGCUGCAGUUUGAGAAACCAAGUUUUAUGUAGUUUCAGAACCCUUGCUCCAUUAGCAGAAAAAGGUGCUAGUUUGCAUGUGGCUCACUUUUUUAUUUUGGGCAUUUCAUGGUGACAAGUCCUGGGAGUUUCUUCAAACUCCUCCUGUGUAAUUCAUGCUUCCCUCCUUGGUUUAGCAUACAUGCAUUUAACAUUCUGCCUAUCACUUUUUUACAUUUUUGUCAGCAAAUACUAGCUCGAUAAACUGCAGUCCUUUCUGUUAGCUAAUGAAACAGCGUGGCUUUCAUUCAUGGAUAAAUGUGGGGUAGGGAGGCAAGGGGUGUGUGUGCUUGCUCUGCCUCCAAAAUCAUAAAUCUGUUUAUUUCUUUUAAUGUACACAGACACAUGCACACCCAGAUAGUCAAUAAGAGAUUUAGAGUGACCUCUAAGGCCACUCCUAUCGAGAAUGGCUGGUGUUUUCUGCACUUUUCCUGGCCAGCAGGCAGCUCACAGCUCAGAUGAAUGCUGCUUGCUCUGAUCUAAUGAUACUGCUUUGGCGAUGUAAACAAAAGAAUCAUGGUGCCUUUUUGCAAUUAGGUGAGGAGGUUGGGGGUGCUGUUGGACCUGACCCUGCUUUUUGAGGGGCAGAUGUGGGCAGUGGCCAAGAUUAGAAAUCAAAAGUGCCAGCCAGCUGCUCCACAAAUGACCAGCAUCUUUUAUUGGGAAAUCACGUCAAAGUGCAAGUAGAUCAAUAGGUACCGCUCCGGCGGGAAGGUAAACGGUGUUUCCGUGCGCUGCUCUGGUUCGCCAGAAGCGGCUUAGUCAUGCUGGCCACAUGACCCAGAAGCUGUACGCCGGCUCCCUCAGCCAAUAAAGCGAGAUGAGCGCUCCAACCCCAGAGUCGGUCACAACUGGACUUAACUGUCAGGGAUCCCUUUAGCUUUAAAAUAAUGUAUUGGGAAACAGAAGCUUUGAUUGGUUGAAGGUUGAAAGAAAAGUCUAAGGGCUCUCUGUAUAAGGUUGCCAUUGGAAUGAAAGCAAAGAAGCAGAGCUGUUUUUAUUUGUUUAUCUAUGGAUAUUAUUUAUUUCAUAACACACACACAUACUGCUUGAGUGUAAAAAAAAGAAAGAACCUCACAGCGGUUUACAAAGAAAUAUCCACAACUACUUCAAAAAGCAGAAGACAGUGAGCCCAGACACAAGCUGAAUGUACUGCUUCCUCAGACAUUGCACAUGCGCCACCAGUGUGUCUCUGUCAAAAGAGCCAAAUAAUAUGCAGGUACAGCCAAGGGCAGGGCAGGAGAACAUCCCAACUGAAAAUAGAGCACCUAAUAGUGUUGCCAUAUUUAAAAAAAUGAAAAUCCGGACACAAAAGUUGUUGAGGCCCCCCCCCCUUUUUUCCAAAUCUCCCCAAAAAUUAAUUGAUGUUUUUGAGCUAUUUUUAAGGAAAUCCAUCAAAGCCCGGAAAUGUCCGGGAAAUCCCAGGCAUAUGGCAGCCAUAACCUACGAUUGAAUCACAGGAAAAGCUGGAUAUAGGGGACUACAUAUCGAAAGCAAUGUUAUUUAUUUGUUGAAUUUAAAAGAUGUUUCACUUGCUCUUUAAGAAACAUUUUUCACAAAGGGUCUUACAAAACACACAUCAGAACACAACACAAAGAUAUUAAGAGAACAAAACUGACCUCUGAAUAUCAAUAGAGCCUCAUCAAUGUGAGUAGCAGUUUCCAAAAUUACAUGUAAGAGAUCUGAGAUGUUUACAAGCUGUUUUAACAGUGAGCCGGUAUAUCUGUCUACCAGUGUACCAAAUAGGACUCAGUUUAUCCUUUUGCAUUUACAGUAUGCCACUGAUUAUAAAGCCAUAGUAAGAAACGCAACUAUCGGAAACGUUACCAUUGAAAAGGUAAGCAAUGGUUUUGUGUUAAUUUCACCCUCUUCAUACAAGAUUUUGAUUAGAAUUAAAUCUUCCUAAAGUCUUUAUAAGAUACAUAAUAACAUAAGAGUGGCUGGGACAACCCAGCCAGAUGGGUGAGGUAUAAAUUAUUAUUAUUAUUAUUAUUAUUAUUAUUAUUAUUACUACUACUACUACUACUACUACUACUAUUUAUAUAAAUCCUAGGCAUGCUUACAAACAUAAAUAACACUGAAUUCAAUGGGAUUUGUUGCUAGGUCCAAUGUAUGUAAGAUUGAAUGUCAGGGCAUGUUCAGAAGUAGCAGUGAAGAAAAGGCUCCUAGGCUACCUCUAGGCUUGAAAUGGUAAAAGAAAACUAUUUUGACAAAUGUGUUAAUUUUAUUUGUACCAAUGUGUGUGGUGGUUUCCCUUAUUAUAUGUAUGAAGCUCUGGAUGUGAAUUCCCAAGCUGCGUAGCGGUUUCCCUCAAACAGCUGCCCUCCAGAUGUUUUAGAGUUUAGUUCCCAACAUCCCUAAUUAUUGACCAUGGUGGUGGGAGUUGUAGACCAAAGCAUUGGAAAGGAACAAAAGCUGGGAAAGGCUGCUGUAUAACAAUGAAUUUGCAUACCUCUGUAAUGAUACAUAGAAUAUUUAAUCGAAAUAUUGAUUUUUUUGUUUGUUAACAGUAUAUCACUGAUUAUAAUGCAGUAGUGAUAAAUGGAACUUCUGUUGUUGGAAAUGCUUCGAUUGAAAAGGUAAGCAAUCUUUUCACCUCUCACGUUUUAAUUGAUUAAUUGUUUUAAUUAAUUAAUUAACUAAUUAACUAACUAACUAAUUAACAUUUUAAUUAAUUAAUUAAUUAAAUUGUUUUCACCUCUCACGUUUUAAGGUUUCGCAUAGAUCUUAACAUGUAAAUGCUUCCUUUAGAGUUGGACUUUUGGCUUCAAAAUGUGUGUGAUUUUUUAAAAACUAAAGCACUCUCAGAGAACAUUGUCUUUUAAUCCUUUGUCAAACACAAGGGCAACCUCUAUGCAGUGACCUGAGGCCAUUCUUGCACCCCAAAAGUUGAUGUUAUUUAGUCGUGUCCGACUCUUCGUGAGCCCCUGGACCAGAGCACGCCAGGCACUCCUGUCUUCCACUGCCUCCCGCAGCUUGGUCAAAUUCAUGCUGGUCGCUUCGAGAACACUGUCCAACCAUCUUGUCCUCUGUCGUCCCCUUCUCCUUGUGCCCUCCAUCUUUCCCAACAUCAGGGUCUUUUCCAGGGAGUCUUCUCUUCUCAUGAGGUGGCCAAAGUAUUGGAGCCUCAGCUUCAGGAUCUGUCCUUCCAGUGAGCACUCAGGGCUGAUUUCCUUCAGAAUGGAGAGGUUUGAGGGAUAGGCAAAUCAGCCUGUUUCUUCGUUUGUGUCACUUAAAGGGGAAAAAGGCACAUUUUCGCCCAUUACUAGGGCUUGCUGAUUGUGGAGGAGCAACCAGUGUGCUGGAGUCCCAGAUCUUCUAGGAAAUCAUAAAACGACAUGAUGCUUCAUAUUUAGAGUCUAAAACUAUAUAAAACACAUUUGUUAAAAGUUCAGUUGCUAAGGUUGUGCCAUAUUGGCCAGUUACAUCAAAGCCAUUGCCCUCUCUGUUUUGUGUCUCAUAAUGUGGGGGUGCCAGUCUGCUAAGCCCCCUUGGUCUGGUGGUGUUGCUGCUAAAUGCCAGGUCUUUCGAGAACAAAACAUCUGUUAUCCAUUAUUUGUUUGCAGAUGAGAGCGCUGGCUUGGCAUGCAUAACUGAAACCUGGGUGAAUUGACUGGGUGGCCCCAUUCUCAGGUGCUUGAUGCAGCACCAGCCCAGUUUACGUCACUCAUCCAUAAACAUUCCAUAUCCUUUCCCUGGAGACCUAUCUGCACUGUGUCUGGGUGUGAUGCCUUGUUUGUGGUGUUGGGCCAAUGAGACAGAACAGGGAUGUUGUUAGUGUACCAUUCAUCCCAACGCGCAACAAACUCCCAAACUAAGCUGCUGGUGGAAGUCUUGGAUGUGGUGUUGGAGAAUCCUUUCACGGUAGUUUUGGGGGACUUCAGUAUCCAUGCUGAGGCUGCCUCAGAUGGGCCAGCUUGGGACUUGAUGUGUCUUAGUAUGAUGUCCAGAUACAAUCAGAGUACAGUGGUACCUCGGUUUAAGAACAGCCCUGUUUACAAACUAUUCUGUUUAAGAACUCUGCAAAACCAGAAGUAGUGUCCCAGUUAGCGAACUUUAACUCGGUCUACAAACGGAAGCUGAACGGUGGAAGGGCACCGGUGGCAGGAGUCCUCAUUAGGGAAAGUGCGCCUUGGUUUAAGAACGGUUUUGGUUUAAGAACGAACUUCCGGAACGGAUUAAGUUCGUACACCGAGGUACCACUGUAAUAGGACUGUUUACAUUCCAGUUCAGAUGGCAUAUGUGAAAACUCUUAAGCUACAAAGGGCAAGAGCCAAUAUGUGCUGUACUGGGUUUAUAUUAUAUUUGAAACACACACACACUGAAACCAUUUACCUCUUUUUGUUUUCUCUUGUAAGAUUUUAAUGUGGCUUUUGGACGCUUAAUAAUGUGGAAUCCUUUUCUCAUGUUUUGAUCUCCUGGUGCUCUGGUAUAAUGGAGUCCUGUAUACAUUGAAAACACAGCAUGAUACGCCUUAGGCUGUCCCUGAAAUCUGGCUAGCUGUUGCUGACUUUGAACAGUUUUCCUUUCUAGUUCUUGAAUGUUUCAUUUUGUUUCUUAUUUUAAAUAGUUUGUUUUUUGUUUUUUUUUACAAUCAGAGCAUCUCUAAGAUAUGAACAAAAUAUUUCUAAAUAAUCUCUGAUUUGGCAGGUUAUUGCCCCAUGGAUAGUUCUGUGUGUGUGUGUGUGUGUGUGUGUGUGUGUGUUUCCAUGGGUUCUAGCAUGGUGCCACAUCAGCACUUGUUAUGUGAACUGAGACCUCCAGGUACAGGGUGGUAUAUAAAUUCAGUUAAUAAUAAUAAUAAUAUGGUCAAUGUCUAUUCAAAAAUAAGUUCCUGAAGAGGUAUGCUUAGGAUUCUGAUAGAUGCAAUCCGGCAUUAGCCUGAAAUGGAUUGUAAUGGGCAAUAUUCUAUUUGAUAAUUGAGUUACCACUUUAGCAGAGCUGGAUUCUUGGGACACAUGGAAAAAUGGAACAUCUCAAUUGAAUAGACACCCACACACCCUGCCCUGAUGUACAAUGAACAAUAUAACAUUUCACAAGCAUGCCUGUGUUUUAUUCUUGCUUUUGAUUACCUCUCUUGAUUAUGUAAGUUUUGUUCAGACAACAUAUGCACCAAUCAAACAUAUGGGGGCAAUUUGGGUUUGUGCCUGCAGAACCCCCAAUACAUGCACAGUCACCCUAAACUCUGCACAGAGUUUACAUGUGUGCAAUAUGUACACUUGCAGACUCCAUUCAGACAUUUAUGUCUAAUGCAUGUGCAGGGCAGUGCGCACAAUCAGAGUCGCUCAGUGUGCCUUUAGUCAAUGCACAUACAACACCGUCUUUCCUUUCAAAAAAUUUAACCAGAUAUAGAAGUAAUUCUUAACCUAUUGGUCUGUAUAGUCAGUCUAUAGAGAAGAAUAUCAAGAUGUCAACUAUAUGAUAGCAAUGGUCACUGCUGAAUGGAGUAGUCUGUGACCACGUGGGAUGAGUGGGAAGGGGUUGAUCCUGUGACAAAGCACUAGCCCUUAAAUUUUGAGAUUGGGAACGAAGAAGGCUCUACUGUCUUUAUUCUGAGCUCUCUUGGAAACAAUAUUUUCUGUUCAAGGUUUUACAUUUGUGUCUAGAGACUGGCUGUUUCUAGUUGUCCCCUGGUGUUUCUACAAUAUUUUGCAUGUAUCUUCUAUCCAUUCUGUGACCUGCUGUAGUUCAUAUCAAAAGAGGGGGAAAGGGAAAACUGACCUAAAGAUUUAAUUUCAUACAAUUGGAGUUUAGCACUAAUGUAUUUAAUAUUACAACUAUGUAUUAUUUCACAGUUCCCAGUUGGCACGGAUAUUGAAGGAAUGAAUAUCUUGGGGCUGGUCCUCUUUUCUCUGGUUUUGGGAGUUGCCUUAAAAAAGCUUGGCACUGAAGGAGAAGAACUCAUCCGUUUCUUUAAUUCUUUCAACGAAGCAACCAUGGUCUUAGUAUCUUGGAUUAUGUGGUGAGUGUUCCUUGGGACAAUCCUCUCUGGCAAUUUUGUGUGUUACCAUCAGCAAAAGUAGUACAAAUCAGCUAAAUAUAGGCACAGGCCAACUUGGAGAUUGCCCUGACCCAACAGGCUCUUCUUAUGUUCUUAUGUGAUGGGUCUGGAUUUAUCAAAGCAGUAUCGCAUAUCUUCUUUCUGUGCCCAUGCAAAUAAAUUUUUUAGGGAUUUCCUUUGGUGUUCCAGUACUGGGGAACGGGCAAAACUACAUGUAUACGUACCCACAUAGACAUUUCUAGUUUACAGGUAUGAAGUCUGAACCAGCCUAAGAAGUAUUAAUGCAGUUCUUAGGGCAGCACACCAUCUGCCUGUCUCCUUAUAGGGCAGUACAGAUGCCAUAUGAAAUGCAGGAUCUUUGAAAUGUACAGGGGACCUGCUGCUACACUUGAUCCUGUUAUUUAAAAUCUGCAUCAGCCACUCUGGGCGGCUUCCAACAAAGAUUAAGGUAAAGGUAAAGGGACCCCUGACCAUUAGGUCCAGUCGUGACCGACUCUGGGGUUGCAGCGCUCAUCUCGCUUUAUUGGCUGAGGGAGCCAGCGUACAGCUUCUGGGUCAUGUGGCCAGCAUGACUAAGCCGCUUUUGGCGAACCAGAGCAGCGCACGGAAACGCCACUUACCUUCCUGCCAAGCGGUACCUAUUUAUCUACUUGCACUUUGACGUGCUUUCGAACUGCUAGGUUGGCAGGAGCAGGGACCGAGCAACGGGAGCUCACCCCGUCACGGGGAUUCGAACCGCUGACCUUCUGAUCGGCAAGUCCUAGGCUCUGUGGUUUAACCCACAGCACCACCCAUGUCCCAACUCCAACAAAGAUUAAAAAUAAAAUAAAACAUCAGUCAUGAAAAACUUCCCUAAACAGGGCUGCCUUCAGAUGUCGUCUAAACGUCUGACAAUUGUUUAUCUCUUUGACAUCUGACGGGAGGGCAUUCCACAGGGCGGGCGCCACGACGGAAAAGCCCCCUGCCUGGUUCCCUGUAACUUGGCUUCUCGCAGUGAGGCAACUGCCAGAAGGCCCUUGGCGCUGGAUCUCAGUGUCUGGGCAGAGCGAUGGGGGUGGAGAUGCUCCUUCAUGUAUACUGGGCUGAAGGUGCAAGUUGGAGCUGGUUUGUUCAGGAAAAAAAUAGGGGUUUGGAAUAGGGUGGAGAAGGGAUGUGCAUGAUAGGGUAUUCUGCCUUGAAGUUUUCUGUUCAAAAGAAAAGUUUCUCCACUAAUUACACCACAUUGGCUCACAGUCCGGUCUGAAAACUAUUUGUUUCUUUCACUGUCUUACAAAUAAAAUCUGUUAAGUGGUUAUGCCUAGUCUCCCACAUAAAACCCAUGCUUUAAGGGAUCGGGCAUCCUCCUUGAAACAAGGUGUUCACAGUGAGACAGUAAACUUGGAUGUUGUGCAAGCUCACCCCUUAUCAAGCAGUCAUUUUCAGAAUAUUUGACUGCAGGUGGCAACGUUCAGGUAUUGGUUCAUAAAAUCUUCCUGGGUGAAAAGGGAAAGUGGAAGCUAGACUUCACACAUAAUCACUGCUUUACUUGAAAUUCAUCAUUUUAGAGGGUGUAUGCCUGCAUCUUCUUAAGAAGCUUUUCUCAGCAGUUAAUAGCGUCCAAUGUUGGGCUUGGUCUGUAAGCAAUGGAACGAAUCUCAUAGAACAUAUGACCUUAGAAACCAGACCUUUAUGUUAGUACUUGCCUUUAGGGAUUUGUAUUAGAGCAGCUUAAGGUUUUUACUUCCAAGGAUAAUUAGGGAUGGAUGAGCUCAUUAAAGUUUGGCCCACCCAAGUUCUCAGCGUAAACACUGGGGGCAGCCAUGCUUUCUUCCCAUACUGUUCCCCCUGAGAGUAACAGAACAUUGUCAGAUCCCAUCACUCCCAAAAGGACUUGCUGUAUACGAAUUCAACAAACAGUACACAGGCUAGUGAUAUAAUAGCAAAAUGCAAAGUCACACAAAAAUAUAUCACCAAGGGCAACUGCUCCACAAUAAGGAGCCUUCCUUAGGCUAACAAAUAGAAGGCCAGAGAGACUCUUCCUGUAGUAGUAGUAGUAGUAGUAGUAGUAGUAGUAAUAAUAAUAAUAAUAAUAAUAAUGUGAUAAAACAUCAAACAUUAAAAUAAAAUAAAAAAUCCAAACCUGAACAGCAAAAUGCCAGUUGUGUCACAUGAUACUUAGAUUUGAAAGUGGCCAAAGUGAGUGUGCGACUUUUGAAGGGCUGAAAGGACCUGAAGGCCUGGCUGCUUGUCCCUGUGUAGACCUGUAUUAUCACUUAUAUAAUAAUAAUAAUUUAUUAUUUAUACCCUGCUCAUCUGGCUGGGUUUCCCCAGCCACACUGGGCGGCUUCCAACAAAAUAUUAAAAUACAAUAGUAAGUCAAACAUUAAAAACUUCCCUAAACAGGGCUGUCUUCAGAUGUCUUAUAAAAGUCUUUCCUUGACAUCUGAUGGGAGGGCGUUCCACAGGGCGGGCGCCACUACCAAGAAGGCCUUGAGAAAGAUGCAUAUAAGGACAGAUUGGCCCAGUUUUCUAAACUAUUGAUUGUAUACCGUUAAGAUUUCACUGUACAGCUUGAUAGUUAAGCCCAUUUGUGGGAAGAAACGCUGAUUAUACCAGAACAUCAUUGACUCACAAGUUGAUGUACACACAAGUGAUUGUAAAGAAAAAGACUACUUCUGUAAUUUAUUUAUUUGCUUGUUUACACUACUUAAUGUGGAGCAGUUGCCCUCGGUGAUAUAUUAUUGUGUGACAUUGUAUAUGAAUUCAAAGCAUGCAGAGACAAGGAGCCCUGGGUGUUAGUCAGUCCAAAUUAUGGAUGUCCUACUUUUGGGAGUUUAAACGCAAAACAUUUUUAUGGACCUUCUUGCAAAGCAAUCCACUGGACUGUGGAUUGAUUAAUGUUUUCUGGGCCAUGAUCUGCCCAGAUCAAAUCAGGCUCUGGAAUCUGAGUAGGAUUCCUCUCCCCGCCCCCCGCAAUUCCUAAAUAUAAUGCCUUUGUAAUAUUAAAGCAAUUGAUAGGUGGCAUCAUCAUUUUGUCAUUACUAAGCCAACACUCCAAGUUAAUCAGUCAUCAAAUAAUCCUCCACUUUGUAGAUUAUGGGCAUACAUUUUAACUUGACCCUGGAAUGAACAGAAAUUCUCAGGGCUGCUUUUCUCCUUUUCUGGAAUUUAUUAUCUCUCUCUUUGAAAUACUAAUUAGCAAAUUGAAGAAAAGCCACCCAGCUAUAGAUUAAAAGAUCAAACAGUUAAGUUGUUUUUUUUUUAAAGUGGGAUUCAAAACAUCAACUUCAUUAGGUUUCAUGCUCAAAUCAUAUUUAGAAACAAAUAAUGUUGCUUUUAUGCUUAGUGAAACCAUUGGUUUAUCUUACUCAGAAUUGUCUAUAUGUCUGGCAACCACUCCCCAGGGAUUCAGACAGGAAUAUUUCCUGGCCAUACCAAGAAAUGCAAGAGAGUCAACCUGGGACCUUUUGUAAGCUUGGAUCAAUUUGUUCUGCUCCUAUGUAUUUAGGAGGCCCACACACUUAUUUAAACAGUAGCAUUGAUAUGAUGUCCCUUGCCCAAUAGAUGAGAGGAAGAGACAGUAACAGUUUUGCUGUGGGAGCACAGAUAUUUUACCUGUAGCUCUCAGAUCUUCCCCUGCCCCAUUUGAGCUGGAUCAGAGCUGCAGGGCUGAUUUAGCACAGCAUGGAAGCUGACAAAUAAUGAGGGUGGGCCUUAAAUAUAAGGGUUUGGGAAAUGUAGGCAAUGCAGAAAGGGUAAUAUGCUCAUCAAAGAACAAACCUUAGUCAAAUGUUUUAAUUAGAAUGUUAUUCCAGACUUGGUCUGUAUGGCAUGGCUGUUGCAUUCUUCACAUGCUUUGGUUUAUGGCACUUUAAAGACCUUGUUCCUUACUAAUGUUGAAUGUUGAACUUCCCUGCAGGUAUGUACCUAUUGGCAUUACAUUUCUUGUUGGAAGCAAGAUAGUGGAAAUGGACGACAUCAUGCUUCUGGUGACGAGCCUUGGGAAAUAUAUAUUUGCUUCGAUUCUGGGCCACUUCAUCCAUGGACUGGUCGUUUUACCACUUAUUUAUUUUGCAAUUACACGCAAAAACCCUUUCACUUUUCUGCUAGGACUUAUAACACCGUUUGCAACAGCUUUUGCCACUUGUUCCAGGUUGGUUGAUGUAAGCUUUUAUAUGUGAAAUGGGAAUAGCAUUAUUCUAAUUCAGGGUAAUAAUUCUAGGUUAAUGACCUGCUUAGUCAUUUUCAUAGCUUUUAUUGCAACGCAAGAAACCCUCUUAUGGGUGUCUAAUUUCUCAAAAUGACACACAGGCUUUUAGAAUCAUAUUUGGAUGUCCCAUGUCCAUAUACCCUAAUAUAGCUGUCAGAAUUUGACAGAGUAAUCCUGCCCUCCUGAUCCACUGGCUGAAGAGAUUUAAGAUGGGGUGAAGUUUCUCCAGCAGAGCAGGGGUGCCCACCAAAGAGCCCUGUCUCUCCUUGCACGUGGAAAGCUCUGCAGGUGUAGACCUGCUAAUGGUAGUAGCCAUUAGUUAGGGCCCGAAAUAAGGCAUUUCAGGAGCAGGCCAGAGGCAGCCUUGGUUCCAGUGGAUCCAAAGUCUUCCAAGAUCCUCCAAGAAGCUCCAAGAUCAGGCUCAUAAGCUAUGCCAGUUUGAGACUGACAUAGCCAUUUCCUCUUAUUAGUUUCAAAGCGGGUGGGGGGCAUUUACAAUUGGGCGAGGGCUAAAAAGAGAGAGACGUCCCUGUUGCAACCCCACCGUGGGCAGCUCAAGCCAGGAGUUGUAAAUGAUCUGUUUCUUCACUCCCUUUCCCACUUAGGAUGGCUCUCACCAGUUUUAAAGGGCCAGAGAAAAUAGCAGCACCUCCCUAAUAGUGUGAGAUAGCUGAGGUGCAAAUUGUCUGCUUUCGGCCACCAAGACAAAUAAUGAAAUCCAGUGUAAUCUAAAUUCUUGGGCAGUGUCUUGCUUAAACUAGUCAUAACAGCUCUGAAACAGAAACAGCAAUUUUAAAAUGUACCCUAGACCGCCCUUUAUUUUUCCUCUUAUAAGACUUGGGUGUAUCUUUUGGAAAUAUAGACUGUGGAGCUCUUUUCAGUUCCCGGGUUACCCUGGAACGGCAUGUACCUGGAAUGCUGCACAAUAUGUUUAGGCUGGCAGAGAGAUCCAGCUGUUAGAAUGUUUAUAUUAAUGGGUUAUAUACAUUGCCAGACCUGAUGAUGAUAUCCUUUCUUGGCCACAUUUAGCUCUGCAACUCUUCCAUCAAUGAUGAAAUGCAUCGAGGAGAACAAUGGAAUAGACAAAAGAAUUAGCAGGUUUAUUCUGCCAAUUGGGGCCACGGUGAACAUGGAUGGAGCUGCCAUUUUUCAGUGUGUAGCUGCUAUUUUUAUUGCCCAGCUGAACAACCAUGAGCUCAAUAGCGGACAGAUCUUCACCAUUCUGUAAGUUGCAAUGCAAAGCUGCUUUUUUCUGAUGGCCGAAUGCAGCGAUAGCUCCACUGUGGAUAUGCAAUAAAUGGAGUUAUCUAGCUGUAAAGGUGCAAGAGAGAAACAACAGCUUGCCUUCUUGCAGCUUUCUUGGUUGCACUGCUAGUACUAUUUAGAACGUGUGCCCUUCACAGAGGUGGUGGGUUAAAUCCAGGCUUUCCCUUCUGUGGAUGAAGGAGCUUUCAUUUGCGGAAAGUACUCAGAUCCAUGGGAGUAAGCCUUCCACCAGUCCUGCCAGUUGUGUCCAGUGCCGCUCAACAUGCUGUUCUGGAGGGAGGAUCCCUCAGACCUUCUUUGGGGGUGGGAGCACAGGAGUCUGCAGGGGGAAUAGGCAGAAAAUAGCGUCCUCUUAAGACGGCACCCCAUGGACAGUGUUCCACUUCAUGGGUAGUCUGGGUUCAAUGUGCUGAAAACAUCAGCAACUUUCUCCUCCCAGUGAAAAAACAGUAUAUUUUGCAGUUGUGAAUAAGUGCUCAGAUGGGCAGAAGGUCUGAGCAUGAGACUCAUGAUCUCAGGGUUGUGGGUUUGAGCCCUGUGUUGGGCAAAAGAGUCCUGUAAAAGGGCCAAGCUGGGUCUCCUAGCAGAGGCGGUUUCAGGGUAGUGUGCCCGGUUUGGGCACACUGGGCACCAGCACUGCAGGGGGCAACACAACAAUGAUGUGGAACAGAGUGUGGCAGUUGGGUGCGCACUGAAUUUUAGCGUCACACAGGGGGCCACUGAAAUUUGAGAGCCCAAAGUCUGCCACUUGUUCCCUUCCAAGGCAGACCAAGCUAACCCCAUUUCUGUGGCUUUCUGCAUGGAAGCAAAAGCCUUUGUUCCUAAGCUGAUGUAUAAAUACAUUGCCAUUGGUUUUAACUGGUUGUUUCUAUUGAUGCCUCCUCUUUUUUGCUUUCUUUUAUUAAUGUUUUAUUGUAUUGUAUUGCUGUUAGCUAUUUUGAGCACCGUCUGGUGAAAAGGCAGGCUACAAAUUUAAGAAAUAAGAUAAAUAGAUACAUAAUUAAGAUGAAUGUGCACAACAGUGAUUCAGAUCUGCAGAAUACAGCUUGGAGAAAUAUAUAAGCUUUGAAUUGUGAGUGUGAUGCAAAUGGAGACCAUGAUGAACAAAAUUAAACCUAGCACUAGUAGUAAGUGUAUGGUUCCCAAUGGUGAUAUGAAUCAUCUGUGUUGCAAAAAAGCAUUUCUGUUUUUACAUCUAAGUACCUGGAACAUAGGGACGUGGGUGGCAUUGUGGUCUAAACCACUGAGCCUAGGGUUUGCCGAUCGGAAGGUCGGCGGUUCGAAUCCCCGCGAGGGGGUGAGCUCCCGUUGCUCGGUCCCAGCUCCUGCCAACCUAGCAGUUCGAAAGCACGCCAAAAAGUGCAAGUAGAUAAAUAGGUACUGCUCCGGCAGGAAGGUAAACGACGUUUUCGUGCACUGCUCUGGUUUUAGUGUUCCGUUGCACCAGAAGCGGCUUAGUCAUGCUGGCCACAUGACCCUGGAAAAACUCUGUGGACAAAUGCCGGCUCCCUUGGCCUGUAAAGCGAGAUGAGUGCCGCAACCCCAGAGUCGUCUGCGACUGGACUUAACUGUCAGGGGUCCUUUGCCUUUUUACCUGGAACAUGUUGUGCCAGCAUGUGGGAAGGUAGAAAUAUCCCUAGACAAAAAAGGAAACCUUUGGCACUUUUAUGCUUAUGUGCCAUUGCAGCACAACAGUAACCAAUAUUGAUUCCUGUUGACAGUGUAACGGCAACUGCAUCCAGCGUGGGAGCCGCUGGAAUCCCAGCGGGAGGAGUUCUCACCAUAGCUAUUAUCUUGGAGGCAAUUGGACUUCCCACCAAUGACAUCUCCCUCAUAUUGGCUGUCGACUGGAUUGUGUAAGUACUUGGUGUGUGGUUAGGGCACACAUUAUUGUGGCAUCGUUGCAGGUGGUUGGUGGCAUGAAUUGAAUAUUAUAUUUUGCGGGGAGCAUACUGUUGCACACCACUCCAGUCUCCAAGUGGUGGGAGAUUCCUGGGGUUCCAGGUGCUUCGCCCAAGAUUGUGUUUCCUUUGCAACGUGGCACCGUGGAGACUGUAGUGUCCUUAAGAUAUAUGGUUUAUUUACACAUAUAUACAAGCUGAGCCUAUGAUGGAGAGGGGCUCACAGCAUUGACAUGCCAAGAAUGUCCUGCUUCUCCCAUAGCCACAGCCUUGAAACCUAGCAGAAAUCAGCCAUGGCGCUCUCUUCCUCUCUCUCUCUCUCUCUCUCUCUCUCUUUCUCUCUCUGCGUUUCCAAUCUGCCACUUUUGCAUCCAGCUUCUAGCUCACAUCACUCAACUCCAGCCUCUUGUCUUUCUAACUAACAGAACGUUGAGAAAGGGAGACCCACACGUUUGUCCUUUGGCACAGAGUCAUUCCCAUAUUUAGUGGGCCAUGAUCAGGCUGGCUUGGCUAUUCCAGCAGUUGAAUCUGUGCUGGAUCCAGGAAUUAGCUUGCCUGCCUCCUCCCCACAAACUCAUAACAAUACAUUUCAGAAUAUAUAUUUUUUUAAGCUGACAGUGUGAAUGAAGUACAGAAUUCCUAAAAGGCAGGAACCUAAAAAAUGAAAGAGAUGCUGUAUACUGUAGGUCAGUUAUCAAGGGCCAAUCUUGAUGAUGUUAUGGCACAGCUUAUCCUUAGAAUCCCCAGUUAAAGUAAUUAGGGACUCAGCUACAUUAGUAAAACAAACAAACAAACAAACAAAAAAAAACCAAUGCUUUGAAUGUGUAACACCAGAUGGCGCCAGAGAACAAACAUAUUUUCUAUGCGAUUUUUACAUAGGUUUUUUUUUGUUAUAACGAUUUAAUUUCUGACUUAUAUAUGGUGUGUUUUUUUCUGUGUGUAGAUCCACUCUGGGUUGCAGUCUACCAGUCAGUAAACAAUUUGGGUCCAGAUUGACCAACAGUCUGACAAGCUAUAAGGCAGUUUGUUGUGUUCCUGUGAGGGGAGCUAAAGUUUCUCUCCAUAGCAACUGACUUUCCUACAAUCCACCCCUCCAGGCACUUUUUGUCUGGCAGCACUGGGAAUGAUUGACUUUUGGCUUAUUCACACUUCCCUUUCCUCUGCUCUUUCCAGGCAUGGUCUGUACUUUAAAGCUCCGUACGAAAACCCGCUCUUUAAAGCUCAGUUGGAGCAAAUAGCAAUCCAUGGAGAACCCAAAUUGACAUUUGCUCCGAUUGAACGCUGAAAAGUGGGGAAAGCUCAGACCAAAAAAAGAAAAUGCUUGGGACACAAGAGCUUUUAAGCGUGGGCCUGUGCUUGGAAAGAGUGGGACAAAAGAUAAGUGUGGACAAGCCCUAAGAGAGAAGCAUUGUGGAGGGUGGAGCUGUAGGGAGCUUCAGUGUUGGAGCACCCUCUCUGCUUGCAGAAGGUCACAGGUUCAAUCCUCAACAUCUCCAGAUAGGACUGAAACGCUGAAGAGCAGGUGCCAAUAGCCCUGACAAUACUGGGCUAGAUGCACUAUUGGUUUGCCUCGCUAUAAAGCAGCCUUCCAUUUUCCUAUGAGACAAGCCACAAUUCAGCAGAGAGUAGCCUCUCCUCCCCUGGAACUGCUGCUGCCCUGUCUGGUUAGAGUCAGACCCUUGGACAAUAUAAGUAUUGAUGCCUCCAGCCAGCUAUAGUAAUCACUGUUUUUGAUUACCACUGACCUUUAAAGCCCUAAAUGGCCUCGGUCCAGUAUACCUGAAGGAGUGUCUCCACCCCCAUCGUUCUGCCCGGACACUGAGGUCCAACGCCAAGGGCCUUCUGGUGGUUCCCUCACUGCGAGAAGCCAAGUUACAGGGAACCGGGCAGAGGGCCUUCUUGGUAGUGGCGCCCACCCUGUGGAACACCUUCCCAUCCGAUGUCAAAGAGAAAAACUACUACCAGACUUUUAGAAGACAUCUGAAGGCAGCCCUGUUUAGGGAAGCUUUUAAUGUUUAAUAGACUAUUGUAUUUAAAUAUUCUGUUGGAAACCCAGCCAGAUGGGCAGGGUACAAAUAAUUAAUAAUAAUAAUAAUAAUAAUAAUUAUUAUUAUUAUUAUUAUUAUUAUUAUUAUUAUUAGCCUCUGUGGCUGGAGCACCACUUAUAAGAGUCUCAUGCUCUACUGACUGAGCUAUCAUCAAGGAGGAGAGCUGUUUCAUUCCAGUCACUUGUUUAUUCCUACUGGAGGGAAUAAGGAGGUCACUGCUGUGGCUGUUCAGGUUUGUCCUUGUUCAUUCUCAUGGUGGCUACAUUUGCCUGUAGUUGCGACGGAGGAAAACAGGAAAGCAGCUCAUGUGUGGAUCCUUCUCAUUCUGCUUCUCUCAGUAUUGUCCACACUGAAUAAUAAUAAUAAUAAUAAUAAUUUAUUAUUUGUACCCCGCCCAUCUGGCUGGGUUUCCCAGCCACUCUGAGCGGCUUCCACAGAGACCAAAAAUUCACUAAAAUGCCACACAUUAAAAACUUCCCUGAACAGGGCUGCCUUCAGAUGUCUUCUGAAUGUCAGGUAGUUGUUUAUUGCUUUGACAUCUGAUGGGAGGGUGUUCCACAGGGUGGGCGCCACUACUGAGAAGGCCCUCUGUCUGGUUCCCUGUAACUUGGCUUCUCGCAAUGAGGGAAUCGCCAGAAGGCCCUCGGCGCUGGAUCUCAGUGUCCGGGCUGACCGAUGGGGGUGGAGACGCUCCUUCAGAUAUACUGGGCCAAGGCCAUUUAGGGCUUUAAAGGUCAGCACCAACACUUUGAACUGUGCUUGGAAGCAGCAGCUUUCUUGUGUUUCAGACCAGGUCUCUCUCAGCCCUAACCUGGAGAUACCAGGCAUUGAAUUUGGAACCUUCUGCAUGCAAAGCAGAUUCUUUGCCUGUAGGCUGUGGCCCUUCUUCAAGGUUUCAAGGCUUGUUGGGCUGCGUGUAAGUAGAACUGGGGGAGCAGUAUUCUGCGUGAGGUGGGCUUUGCUUCUGACCCUGAGCCUGCUCACAGAAAUGGAGCAAAUUCUCAGAAGCUCUACUCAGUUUCUCAUGACAUCUGAACUGUAUACAUCUGGGGGAAACAUGGUACCCUGUAGGCUGACCGAGCAAUCUCAUCUCCUGUGAUGUUUUGUUAACACCGGGUUCCCUUUGUGCUCUUUCCCAAUUGACCAGGGACCGGACCACUACAGUUGUGAAUGUAGAAGGGGAUGCCUUUGGAGCAGGUAUCCUUCAUUAUCUGAAUCAGAAAGAAGCCAAGGAGAAAGCAGAAGAAAAACUAAAUGAAGUCUGCGUAGAAGCCAUUCCAAACAGCAAGGCUGAGGGGGAAACGUCACCUCUGGUAAUGCACAGAAGCCAAGACACCACAUUUGCCGCUCUGCCACCUAGCACUAAAGAUCUAGAAUCUAAAGAGUCAGUCCUAUGAAUGAGAAGGAGCGGGGAGGCACUCUGAGGACACUGUAUGUUGGAGACAACAGCAUAUUUAACUUGGAGCAGACCCAAGCGGCCGUUUGGAUUGAACAGAUGCGUCCCUUUUCCAUUUUGGUGGUAUGGAACACUGUGGUAGCCAGUCACAGACUACGUGUGUGCGCGCGCAUUUCUGGCGUGUUUCCCCCUAUGAGUGCAGACACUUUUGUGAUGAGGUAGUGAUGUUUCAUAGUUUUGCGUGUGUGCAAAAUAUGCAACACUCGUGCGCUGAUACGAGUGAAAGCAAGGUGUUUGCUUUUUGCUGGAACACUAAAGGCCCACUCUGAGAGGUAGAUUUUGACAGCUGGAUCGUACUAGGCAAGGUCACCUUGAUAGCCUAGCUUGUACGGGGAGACAAAUUGAGUUCUCUCCCUUUAUUACAUCAAGCCUGCCCUGUUGUAUUCUGAAAGGCCCCCCUCUUUGUGAAGGGAUAAGUCUUCUUGAUUCUAAGGCCAGAGAUUAUGGGAUUAUGUUUCUGCUACCAGUUACUGGAUAUAUCUUGAUGAUGCAGAGUGGACUUGAACUAAUGUAUGCCAGACAUGCAUGCCUAAUGGAAACUAGUCCUAGCUAUUCUAAAAAGUACGUUCUCAUUUACUGUAUUUUUUGCUCUAUAAGACUCACUUUUUCCCUCCUAAAAAGUAAGGGGGAAUGUGUGUGCGUCUUAUGGAGCGAAUGCAGGCUGCGCAGCUAUCCCAGAAGCCAGAACAGCAAGAGGGAUUGCUGCUUUCACUGCACAGCAAUCCCUCUCACUGUUCUGGCUUCUGAGAUUCAGAAUAUUUCUUUCCUUGUUUUCCUCCUCCAAAAACUUGUGGUCUUGUGGUCUGGUGCGUCUUAUAGAGUGAAAAAUACGGUAUAUUUCUCUUAUCCCCCUCCUGCUAAGCCACACUAUCUGUGUAUGUUAAACAUUGGGAUAUUUGGAAAGAAUCUUUAGCUGCUCCAACUAAGAAAUGUCAAGAACCUGUAACUAUACAAGAAUGGCCACAGUGAGCUUGAUGCAAGAAGUUCAAAGACCGUUUUACACAAGACACUUAAUUUGCCUCUGAGCAUCUCUCGGCUCCUUUAUUCUAACACCUGGCUGUUGUUUAGACAGAUGAAAGGCAUUUGUAAUGUAAUUGAACAUUCUGGAUUAUUGGUAAGUGUUAGCAUCCAUAUUACAAACCUGAUUGAAGAAAGCCUGAUGUAAGCUUCCUGUGCAGAUAUUCUCAUUCUGGUUUCCUUCUUAUCACUGGUACCAGUUAACACACAUUAUUACUUAAGGCCUUAAACCUCAAGAAUGCAGACCAAAGAAAAGACUUGAAGCAGUAUAGUAAUUAUUUUCUCUAUGACUGUUGAAGUGCUUGUUCUUUGCUUUAGAAGAGCAGUUCUUGACCUCUAAUGCACUGCUACCAACUAUUUCUGCACCAUUAUCAUUAAAUGCCCCCUAAGCCAUAGGUAAGAAUUAGGACAUAAAAACAGGACUCCAGACAAGGUAACUUAUUCUAAUAUAUAGGAAUAGAGAGCUGUUGCAAAUGCAUUCCUGCUCAGAAUACAUUUAAUACAUUAUAUUGACUGUUUUGGAGGAAGAGAGAACAGAAUGAGAGCCUGACUCUACCUUUCCCCCAAACAGGUACAGUGGUACCUCAGUUUUUGAACGUUUCCAUUGACGAACAUUUCAGUUUUUGAACGCCGUAAAAGUAAAUGCUUCCGUUUUCAAACGUGCCUCGGAAGUUGAACGGCUUCCACUGAGUGUAUAUGCUAUUUUUCCUCAAUUUUCUCUAUUAUAUUUGCAAACUGCCCUUUGCACCUCGGUUUCUGAACUCGAACAGUCUUCUGGAACGGAUUAAGUUAAAAAACCGAGAUACCACUGUAUUUUAACACUCAGCUGGGACUUGUGGAUUGUGCUUUGAAUCCAGGCACUCUCCUACAAUCCCUGGCUUGUGUUUCUUUGUACAAGACGGGGAGCCUUUUAGUGUAGGAUAAAAUGGGAUAAGCUGAGAUGAACUCCUCCUUGAUACAAGGAUAGGAAACUUUUGAUUAUCUUACUAAUAACAAUAAUGCUGAUUUCUUAUCUGCCUUUUAGGAGGAAUGAUCCGGUAUCUAUCUGCUGAAAUGACCCUUUUUCAGUCAGCACAAUUUGGUUUAGUGCAGGCCCUUGAAAAAAGGUUGCACAUAAAUACUAGCCCCCAAAAUCUCCCUUCUCUGUGGGAACACAGCAGUAUUUAUCAUGUGUACCUUUUCGAGUGUACGUCUUCUUACAAUGUGUUAUGCAAAGAAUGCCGUCUUGUUUUCCUGGGUCCUAUAGCUAAAGGUCUAUGACAUGCUGACUGACAAAGGCCCUGCUGUUGUCUUAGUAGCCCAGCCAGUUAAGCGAGUCCUAUUUGCACAAAUUGCCAGGUUCUCUUUUGCAAGAAAGAUACAAUCUGUAAAUAAUCCCAUUGCCUUUCUGUUAGAUAAUCAUUGUCAUAAGAUUGCAUCUAUCCCUUGCUUAAUUUGUUGAGCACACUUCAAAAAGCAUGGGGGUAUAUCCUCACUGUCUGUGGUCUUGAUUUCAGGGUUUCUGUUGAACAAAUGACAGACAUACAGACUGAGAUAACAGAUGAUACAGAUAAACCUAGCUUACAUUGAAGAGAAAGGCAGUGUACAUCUUUUCUAGUUUCUGGCACCAGCUUAUAGCUUUGUUUGGGGUUCAUGAGUCAAGUAUUUCAGCUUACACAUUCAAAGUAUAUAGGAGAGCUUGCAGGGAAGAAGCAAUCCAUUUGGAGAAUAAACACCAGCAAACUGCUUUAAUUGAUCUAGCAAAUGUUUAAGCGAGAAAUAAAAGAAGUUCAAAAGUUGAAAGUAGCAUCUUUCCUAAUCAGUAACAACAGUUCGAAUCCCCGCAGCGGGGUGAGCUCCCGUCGUUCGGUCCCAGCUCCUGCCCACCUAGCAGUUCGAAAGCACCCCUAAGUGCAAGUAGAUAAAUAGGUACUGCUUUAUAGCGGGAAGGUAAACGGCGUUUCCGUGUGCUGCGCUGGUGCCGGCUCGCCAGUGCAGCUUCGUCACGCUGGCCACGUAACCCGGAAGUGUCUCCGGACAGCGCUGGCCCCCGGCCUCUUAAGUGAAAUGGGCGCACAACCCUAGAGCUGGAUGGUUACGUGGAAGCCGGUUGAAGUUAAAUCCUUCGAAGACAGAGGUCCUCUGGCUGGGACGGGACGAUAUGGGAUUGGGGGGGCAACUCCCAUCUCUUGCGGGGGUGCAAUUAGUGCCAGCACCGUCCGUUAAGAGUUUGGGUGUAAUCUUCGAUACCUCCCUCUCUAUGGAGGCGCAGAUUACAGCUAUAACAAAGGCGGCAUUUUUCAUCUCCGCCAAGCUAAGCAGUUGGCCCCUUAUCUCUCUCGCCCUGACCUAGCCACUGUGAUCCACGCGAUGGUCACCUCCAGACUGGAUUAUUGUAACUCGCUCUACGUGGGGCUGCCCUUGAGACUGACCCAGAAACUCCAGCGGGUGCAGAAUGCCGCGGCGAGACUCCUUAUGGGGUCUUCGCUGCGAGAUCACAUUCAUCCGGUACUAUACCAGCUGCACUGGCUCCCGGUGGAGUACAGGAUCAGGUUUAAGGUGCUGGUUUUAACCUUUAAAGCCCUAUACGGCCUAGGACCCUCGUACCUACAGGACCGCCUCUCCUGGUAUGCCCCACAGAGGAACCUACGGUCUGCAAAUAAAAACAUCCUGAAGGUCCCAGGCCUCAGAGAGGUUAGGCUGGCCUCAACUAGAGCCAGGGCUUUCUGGCGGCGGCUCCAAUCUGGUGGAACGCUCUGUCACAAGAGACUAGGGCCCUGCGGGACCUGACAUCUUUCCGCAAGGCCUGCAAGACAGAGUUGUUCCACCAGGCCUUUGGUCAGGGCCCAGCCUGACUCCCUCCUCUGGCAACCUGCACAGAUCUUUGCUUAACGGUUGCCAUUAAUUUGAUUUUAAUUAAUUUUUAUAAUGAAAUGUUUUAGAAUGUUGGAUUAUUUGAUUGUUUCAUUAUUUGAUUGUUGUUAGCCGCCCUGAGCCUGGCUUUGGCUGGGGAGGGCGGGAUAUAAAUAAAAUUUAUUAUUAUUAUUAUUAUUAUUAGAGCCGGACACGACUGGCCCGUACGGGCAGGGGUACCUUUACCUUUUAACAACAUUUAAGUUCAGCUGUUCUUCAGGAAAUACCCCAUUUUCUCAACCUGUAAUAUACAGGAGCUACUUUUGCAAGAACGGCUCAAACAAUUUACAUUUUGCAGGUGAUAAAGACCAAACUACACAGGAUAUUCAUGACUGGAUCUCCCAACACAUUUAAUUUUAACUUAACAGGAACUCUAGGGUCUCGCCUCCCUCCUCUCCCUAAAUUGGAUCAGGUUGAGGAAGGGGUGGCUUAAUUAUUUUCCUCUUUACACUGUUUCCCCUGCUUUAACUUGCUCCCACUGCUGCUAACUAUGGGAAGUGUAAGUAAGGGAGGCUGUCAUGCUCACUUCUGUUACCUAUAAGAGAAGCUAGAGGGUAGAAUAAGGAGGGACUAAAUGUAACUACUUGAAGUGUAAGAAACAAAGACUUACCUAGUCCAGCAUCCUGUUUCUCACAGUGGCCAAGAAGAUGCCAUGGGGAAGCCCAUAAGCAGGGCAAUAGCCCUCCCCUGAUGGUGACCCCCAGCCAACUGGUAUUCAGAGGAAGACCCCCUCUGGUCCUGGAGGUAGUAGACAGCAAUCUUGACUAUCAGCAAUUGACAGCCUUACCCUCCAUGUUGAAGUGGCUUAUUUCAGAUGGAGAGUGAGUACCACGUCCAGGGAGAACAAGGCCAUAAAGGUAAAGGGACCCCUGACCAUUAGGUCCAGUCGUGACCGACUCUGGGAUUGCGGUGCUCAUCUCGCUUUAUUGGCCGAGGGAGCCGGCGUUUGUCAUGUGGCCAGCAUGACUAACCCGUUUCUGGCGAACUAGAGCAGCGCACGGAAACGCCGUUUACCUUCCCACCGGAGCGGUACCUAUUUAUCUACUUGCACUUUGAUGUGCUUUCGAACUGCUAGGUUGGCAGGAGCAGGGACCAAGCAACAGGAGCUCACCCCGUCACGGGGAUUCAAACCGCCAACCUUCUGAUCAGCAAGUCCUAGGCUCUGUGGUUUAACCCACAGCGCCACCCGCGACACACAUUAAUGAGCCCCAGUUCCAUGUUGAGUCUAUAGCAGAGGCAGGACUGCUGGGGAACUGCCCCAUGAACCUCGGCCUGCUCACCAGCAGCCCCUACUUGCCUACCUCCUUACUUGCAACCAUGGCACAGCUUCCUUCUCCUUCUUAGCCUCAGUGGUGCCCUUGUGGAACUCAAUGGGAAAGAGGAUAGGGUCAAAGGUAGAAUUAGUUGGCUCCACCUCUCAUUGGCUCUGGCUGCACCCACUGUCAGACUCUCUGCCUUCGGUACCACUGGUUCCAAUGGAUACCACCCAGCGCAGCUUAGCCACACAACUCCCUCUAAUUCUUUAUGGUGUUCACGGUAGCAAACUGUUGUACACACAGUAAACACACCCUUGUCAUAGGAUAAGGUGGAAGACUAGUUUUCUAAUGUCACUGCAGAUAUCCUCUGUAGCCCAUCAUAUAAGUGGGGCUGCAACAGAACAAAACCUGUCUCCCAUGCCAGAUAAAACCCGUUGUUAAUGUCUGCAAAGUGUCAUGAGAUGAAGAAACAUUUAUGAAGUGAUACAGGGUAUCAUAGAAAUGUAAUCUGCUCUGCUUUGGGCCACUCAGGUUGCCUAACAAAUACGGUAUUAAGAGCCGGUACACUUUUUGCCCCGGUGGGAGGCUUGAACAAAGAACCCUUCCGCCGAAUCUCCAAAAUGGCGAAACCAGCUGAAUGUGUUCCCAUCAUCUUUUGCUGAGAAGAUAAAAGCCUUUGGGGAUGUUCUUGCCCGUAAUGAGGGUACCUUUUCGUGCUAAGUAUCUGAAUUGCAGGCUGAUUUGGGAAAAGCUAAUUGAGAACAGAAGCUAAAGAGGAAAACAUUUGUUUCUCAACAUUUUCUUCAGUUCAAGUAUUGAGUCAGUGCCAACAUAAUUACCAAAUUGCAGUCUUCUCUUUCCUUCUCUUGUUAAACAAUUCUGCUUUCCCCAGUAUCUUUAUUUUCGAGAAAAUCAAGUGGGUGCAUAGCUGGAAAUUGCGCAGGUCGUGUGUUCUUUGGCAGCUACAAACUUCUUUUCUACCAGGCAAUCCCUGGACAAAAUCCAAGGUGAUCGUAUCCUUUCUACCCCAACACUGUGUACAUUGCGUAACACAUGUCCUUUUGUACCUUUCCAGAAAGCAAAUGCAGCUGCUUUUUUGAACAUGGAUGGUACAGCCUGUCUUCAGGUGCCCUAUGGACCUUUAAAUUAGCACAGGCACAUUAGGCAUGGUGACACUACCAGGUCAGACUGUGUUAACCUGCAGCGCGGUACUGUCUCCUUUGACUAGCAGCUGUUCUCCAUCAUCUCAGGCCUUUUGCAUCCUUUUCAAGCUGGUUCUUUUUAAUUACAGAUGCCAGAGACCGCACCUAAGUCAUUCUGCAUGCAAAACUAGUGAUAAGUUACUGCACUCUGGUCCCUCACCAGUUGAUUUAAAUGGCACGAAUGUAGUUAUGAGAAGCUUUGAAUUUUGUGAGUAGUCUUGAGUAUUUGUAACCUGAAACAGCAAACCUUCACCACCACCUGAUAGUUUUAACAACAUUCCAAUUUUCUACAGGCCACUAAGAAAUCUUAAUGUCAUAAUCUCUCCUCUCCUCUCCAUUCUCUGAAUAUUUCCCAUUCCUUCAAAAGAGAAGGGUUUAAACCACUUGAGAUAGACAUUAGUCUUGUCUCCCUCUAGAGUAAUUAGAGUGAAGAAGGGAAUAGUUUUCCCCCCAUGUGAUAAACUGCAUCUGUGUGCGAUUAUUAGUGCUUCUUUAUGUGCAAGCAAACGCUAGCUAUGUACACACUCUGCCAUUAAAGCACAUUUGAAGCAGUUUGUCCCCCUCAAAGAAUUCUGGGCACUAUAGUUUACCUCUCAGAAAUACAAUUUCCAGGAACUCUAAACUUCAGUGCCCAUAAUUCUUUGAGGGGGGGGGGAAUGUGCUUUGAAUAUGCUUUAGAGUAGGGUUUCCCAAACUUGGGUCUCCAGUUGUUUUUGGACUUCAACUCCCAUCAUCCCUAGCUAGCAGAACAUGUGGUCAGGGAUGAUGGGAAUUGUAGUCCAAAAACAUCACUUACACCACUUCAGUGGCUGAAAAAAGAAACCCUGGAAUUUUUUUAAGGAUUGUUUUGCCAGACCUCCUUAUGCACUUGAACAUGGCCAGUAGAUUUUGUUGUUCUUGUUGUAAGGAUUUCUCGUAGUUCAUGAAACAGCCAUAUCCUGGGCUAAACUGAUUUCCAAAGCCAUGGAAGGAGAGUGAAGGAUCAAUGUAAACACUAAAAAUGAGGAUUCAGGUUCAUAGUUUAAACAAUGAGCAAAGCAGUUGAUUUUUGCAGUGCAGUUGUGGAAAGUGCUACUGAAAGGGAAGAUAAUGAGUUGGAGGGGAAUUGUGGAUAGGGAUCGAGACUCACAUAUUAAGGGGUGGGUUUGGAGAAAACGUGAGGGGUAUGUAGAGAUGCUGUCCUGUUUUCAUUAUGGAGGAGAUCUGGUCUGAAUGUGUGGUCUUCUGGUGAUUUUAGGUGAUCCAGGCUAGCUUUCAGCUAUCUUGCCAGGAGGGGGAAAUGCAAAUCUAUGCAUUGUGACUGGUGAGGCUUUGAAAAUAACUGUGACCAAACUGUAGCUGACUGAUUUGGUGCUACAUAACUCAGCUGGAUGGGAGAGGGAGGCACCUUAAGGAAAACGUAUCAACAAACAUAAGUGUUUCCACUAUAGCCAUUCUUUUAGGCGGUUGCCUCUCUGGUUCCUGCUACAUUCCCAUUUUCUUCUGGUUUAGUGGGAUCAGUCCAAACCCUCAUGUUAUCAAGAUCACUUCAAAGUGGUAUAUCAUUUCAGUGACUAAACUUCUCAUAAGGAAAAAUACGGUUCUGCCAUCUGUUUCAGACUUCCGAGUGCUUUCCCGUUCUCUUUGUCUGCAUUUUUAAGCCGUAUCUUUACACAUGUGCUUUGUGACUCUUCUUAGUUAGGUUUUUAGGAGGAAAUAUAAUGUCACGCCUUGCUACCGUGUAACAAUGCCUUCUGUGUCUUUCUCUGCUGAUGUCCACAGUAAAUGGCAGGUGGAGCCAAAAGAACCUCUGUUAAACUGAAAACGAACCGCUGGAUGGAUAUUUUGCUCAACAUGGUGCCUACAUAAUAAGGAAGGCCCAUGCUGGGAAGGCCGUGAGUCUAAAAAAGAACUAUGACACCACCUGCCUUAUUAUACCUCAGGUGCUUUGACCUGCUCACUGCUGCUGUUGGCCACUGUUUAGUAUCUUGCUGUUUUUAUAACUAUGCAGAGCCUCCUGUUGCUAGCAGUGAUGUGGGCCAGUAUCCAAGGAGAAGGAGGGCCAAAUUACACGAGCAAUGGUGUGGUUGAUGUUUUUAAAGUAAAUAGCAGCUGCAAGAGGGCCUAAUCCAGACCAUGAACAGAGUAAAAGAUAGGGAGGUAUUGAACCCUUUACAGCUGCUGCAGUCCCACUUGAUCUUGAUCUCUCUCUCUCAACACACACACACACACACACACACACACACACAACUAUUUGCGGUGGAAGGAAAAUUCCCAUUGGCAUCAAUUGAAUUGUUGGAUGUAUUCCUUCAUUAAACUCAUUGGUUCACUGAUAUGUCUGCUUUUUUAAAACUAUGAGUUUGUUUAACAGCGACAGAUCAGAAAGGUGUUUUUUUUGCAUGAUUAGUGCAGUAUAAUUCUGUACUACUCUAAUGUUUCAAUGAACAUUGUUAUGUUGCAUCACACCUAUCUUGUUCUAGUAUAUUUCAUAGGAUUAUAAAGGCAUAGCCCUAAAAGAAAGGAAUUGUCAGAUGCCAAAAACCUAUGUUGACUGUACAGAUAACCACUCCAUUUUCUAAAAGUUCCUCCCCUCGCUUUGUGAAAUGUUCUUAAUAUAUAUUUUGUCCAUAUGGCUCCAUACAGUCCUGAUCACUACAAAGGACCAAUUACAUUUGUGUACAUUAAAGGCAUUCUAUGUAGAUAUGUGAUUGCAGAGCUGAUGUUAUGAUACUAUUUGUGUAUUUUGCCUCUACACAUAAGAUGUUCCUCAAGCCCUCACUUGUUCUUGCGUAGAGUGUGCUGCCUAAUGAAUCAAGUUCCUUUCUAACUUGACAGAGAAUAAACUCUCUAACUCCCAAACAAUCAUGUUUGUUCACUGUUUUUUUUCCUGAAUCUGAAAUAAAAUUCCUUUAGUCU